AACCUUGCUUCUCCACGAUGAUUGGCCAAGUCAGACGCGUCCCAAGCGCGACAGCCAAUGGGAGGCACGGGCCGAGCGGUUCCGAAAGGGCUGGUCGGCAAGAAAGGCCUGCUAGCCCGCGCCUCCCUGGGAUCUUCGCCGCCCGAGCUGGACAUCAUGCCACAGGAAGAGUGAGCUCUUGCCCAUUUUACCAUGGAGGACUCAGGAAAGACUUUUGGAUCAGAGGAGGAAGAAACAAACUAUUGGAGAGACCUGGCCAUGACCUACAAGCAGAGGGCAGAGAAUACUCAGGAGGAACUCCGAGAAUUCCAGGAAGGAAGCCGGGAAUAUGAAGCUGAAUUGGAGACUCAGCUGCAGCAAGCUGAAACCAGAAACCGGGACCUAUUAUCAGAGAAUAACCGCCUUCGAAUGGAGCUGGAGUCUGUGAAGGAGAAGUUUGAAAUGCAGCAUUCAGAGGGUUACCGGCAGAUCUCGGCCUUGGAGGAUGACCUGGCUCAUACAAAAGCCAUUAAAGACCAACUGCAGAAAUACAUCAGGGAGCUGGAACAAGCCAAUGAUGACCUGGAAAGAGCCAAACGAGCCACAAUCAUGUCCCUGGAAGACUUUGAGCAGCGUUUGAAUCAAGCCAUUGAAAGAAAUGCCUUCCUAGAGAGUGAGCUGGAUGAGAAGGAAAAUCUUCUAGAAUCUGUGCAGAGACUGAAGGAUGAAGCUCGAGAUCUUCGGCAGGAAUUGGCUGUGCAGCAGAAGCAAGACAAGCCCCGGACACCCAUGCCCAGCUCAGGGGAAACCAAAAGGACAGACAUGGCUGUACAGGCCACAGGCUCUGCACCAUCUACUCCAAUAACUCACCAAGGAUCCAGCUCUGGUUUGAACACACCAGAAACGUUCAGAUGUGGCCUGGGCAGUCCCAGUAGUGGAACCCCACUCACACCUGCAGCCCGGAUAUCAGCCUUAAACAUCGUUGGGGACCUGCUUCGGAAAGUUGGGGCCCUGGAGUCCAAACUAGCAUCAUGCAAGAACUUCAUGUAUGAUCAGUCCCCAAGCCGGAAAAGCGGGCCAGCCUUGGGCCGAGGAACCAAAAACAGAGACGGUAUUGACAGAAGGCCAGGCAGCACCGCUGUGGGCGAUAAAGGGUCAGUACUUUUGAUACUCUGUCAGAAAAUACCAGGCUGCUCUAGAUCAGACACUAGCCCUAGCCUUGAUGCAGUCUAUUUUGUUUUAAGGCUGUAGGAUUAUUUCAGCGAACUGUAACCUCUACUUCCUUUUCAUGAGACAGACUCCCUUGGUAGCCCAGGCUGGCCUUGAAUAAACCCCUCACUUGAGGCCAAAUUUGAUGAUAUCUGAAUUUGGGCAUGUAGAGCAAUAAAGAGCUGUGUGUGUAAUAUGAUUUGUGCUGUGAGGAGGCCCUGUCUAAAUCCCUUGUUUGGGACUUGCACUUCUCUGAGAACAUUUUGUGAGUUGGGGUACACCAGAUAGUUGUUUAAGUGGUGCUCCUUAGGAAUCUCACCUAAUGGAACCUACCAAGUAUGCUACUAAGUCCCAGGGACCCAACUGUCUCUGCCUCCCUUCAGUGCUGAGAUCAAAAGCAUGAGCUGUCAUGUCUGACUCUUUUCAUGGGUACUGGGGAUCAAACUUAGGUCCUGAUGCUGUAAGGCAAGUGCUUUUGACAGCUGAGCUAUCUCCAAACCCUUAGUUUUGAAUCUGUAGACUCUUCAAGGAUCAGUCCAGCCAGAUCAGAUUCUCCAAACUAGAAGCCUGCAGCUACCUCUGUAUCUAGGAGUUCACUGAAAGGAGCCUGCAUUGCCCUUGAGCCCCAGGCCAUGUCAUAGUGACAAGCAUGAGGCAAAUGCAUGAGGGAAAUGGAUUGAUCUGUGGUGCACACUUAGCUUCUGUACCUUUAAACACACAUCUCUAGAUGUAUGUAUUUAUUUUUGAGACUAGGCCUGUGUAGCCCUGGCACGGGGGUGGGGGGUGGAGGGAGCGUGGUUGAAGAGCCCGGGGUAUAUUACCCCCUUUCGUGCUGGGAUUAAAGGCAUACAUACCACCAUGCCCAGUCAAAAUAUUUAUUGAAAAUAAAAUUUUUUUUCAAUUAUAUUUAUUGGAUGCAUGUGCACAGGUGCACAUGUGCUUUCUACAGUUACAUGUGAAAGUCAGAGGACAACUUGCAAAAGUCAGUUCUUUCCUCCUACUCUGCGGGUUCUGGGAUUGUUCUGCUAAGCAACAAGCAUCUUUACCUGUUGAGCCAUCUCUUCAGCCUAAAAGAAUUUUUUUUUAAACCAAGGAGCUGGGAAUGUUGCCUAGUAGCAAGCCCCUGCAUUCAACUCUAAGUACUCCCUACCCAAAUGAAGUGACCAAGAAGUAGGUGCUUCUGUGGGGUCUUCUGAGAUUGAGAGCUUUUUCAGCAGCCUUGGGGAUCAGGAAACCAGAUAGCUAGUAAUGUUUUCUUCAUUUCACAGGAGAGAAAAUUGAGACCCCGUGAGCCUUGUUCCCACUCUUGACAUUCACUCUUAAAACCUUGGGGGCCCUGUGCUAGCCACUGGGAUACUGCUGUCUCAUCUGUUAAAUGUGGUUUGCUCUGUCUGAAGGUCAGGAAAACGCUUGGAGUUUGCGAAGCCGUCCUCACAGCUCUCAUCACCAGCGCUGCCAUCCACCCAGGGUGUGGUCAAGCUUUUGCUUUAGGACCAGUGGGAACUGCGCCCUCACCUAUCUUCCCUACUUUAUAGUCAGCUUUUAGUUAUUUUUUUUUUCAAGGUAAUUUGAGAAAUAAGAGACCACAUCACCAGCAUUUACUUUGUGCUAUGCAGCCUAAGCUAAGGCUGUGUGUGGCCCAGUCCCUAGCAGUGGAUGUCACUAAAAUGAGCUCCCCAACCCCAACCAGGCAGCUCUAAGGUAUGAUUUCAUUGACUACCUAGAGUUUUAAUAGCCUCCAGAGGUGCUUUGAAUAUGCGUAAUCUUCAGAGCAGGACUAAAGCCCAGCUCAGGAGCUCUCUGCAGCCUACUUCCAGCUGAAGCUAUAUUCUGGAACAUUUCCUGGUGCUUUUAAAGCAUGAUUAAAUUUUAUCUAGGACUGGGAGACUACAGAGGCAAAAGGCUAUAUUUAAACCAUCUGCUAAAAGUACUACUCAUGUACCUUUGACACUUCAACACUGUUGGCCUCAUAGGUCAGUGGGAGGUUAUCCUCUACAGAUAAACCCUGACUCGUGUCUCUCCUGAGUCCCCUGCCCUGGUGUUGGGAGUGGCAUGUGCAUCAGGACCCUGGACAGCUUGCGUUGGACUGGCCUUUGUUACACCAUCCCUAAGAACAGAACUUCAUCUAGCAGCUUCUUCCAGACACCACAGAGCAACCAGGGUGACUGAAGCACGAGAUGGAGAUUACCACCAGCUGCUCCAUCGGAUGUGGAAAAAUCAGCACAGGCUCUACAAUGCCAGCUCGCCUCAUCUCUGGUGUGUGAUGCUUGCUGCCUCACACUUCGAUCCACAAUGAGAAAAGCACACUUAUACUAGAGCGUGACACCCUCCACUUGGCUACUAACUUAUUUCCUAGUUGAUGAGCAAAACUGGCCUAGCAUCAGACCUAGAACUUUGUGUGUGCUACUGACAUUCACAGGGUGAUUUUAAGCUGCUUGGUUAUUUGUUCUCCUUAGACAUAAUAACUGGGGAAAGAUGAACUUUAUUUUUUAUAAAAAAUAAAACCAAAAGAAAUGCCUGUUCAAUAGAUGUGUGUGUCAGUCCUUCCAUGUCUGUGCACGUGGCCAUGAAGUUUGUUUUUGUUCAACCAAGUAAUAAAAUAAUAGAACAAAAAAAA